UCGUGGUCAGAAACCGAUCAAAAUCGGAAUACGUGAAUGGCGGAUGGAAUGGAUAGUCCCUACAUUUCAAUUCCACAAUUUUACGCUGGUAGGAGUGUAUUCAUUACUGGAGGCACCGGUUUUGUUGGACAGUUAUUGGUGGAAAAACUGCUGCGAUCAUGUCCAGAAAUCGAAAAUAUCUAUCUGUUGAUGAGACCAAAGCGUGGGCAAGGAGUUGCAGCUCGAUUGAACGAUUUACUUAAUUCGACGAUCUACGACACCGUCCGUAGUGGAAAGUUACAUGCAUUGAAGAAGGUCGUUCCGAUUUGUGGUGAUGUAACCCAUAUGCAGCUGGGUAUAUCGGAUAGUGAUCAAGAGUUGCUCUGCCGAAGAGUAUCCGUCGUGUAUCAUUUGGCCGCAACAAUUAAAUUUGAUGAAAAAUUGGAGCUGGCGGUUAAGAUCAACAUGUUGGGCACCAGAAGUUUAUUGGAACUAUGUCAUCGGAUGGUGCAGUUGGAUGCUUUAGUGCAUGUAUCCACAGCAUAUUGCAAUUGCGAUCGAAGCGAAAUUCAAGAAGUUAUCUAUCCGCCACCAUACGAUCCAGCCAAUAUUAUCAGUUUGGUAGACUGGUUGCCCGAAGAUGUUUUAGAUAAACUCACUCCGUCGUUAAUUGGCCAACGACCAAACACAUACACAUUCACUAAGGCCCUUGCUGAACAUUUGAUACUUAAAGAAGCGGGAAGUUUGCCCGUCACUGUUGUUCGUCCAUCAAUAGUGGUUGCUUGCUACAAUGAGCCAACACCCGGUUGGUUAGACAGUUACAGUGGACCAAAUUCCUUAAUAUCAGCUGUUGGAAAUGGUCUACUGCAUACAAUAAUUUGUGAGGGAGACUUCAUUGGUGACGUGAUUCCGGUUGAUUUCGUUGUCAAUAUGAUGAUAGCAGCAGCCUGGCGUACCGCAACUACGAACACUCGUGAUAUGAUCGUGUACAACUGCGUUAAUGGGAAGCGACAGCCGAUAACUUGGAGAGAAAUAAUGAAUAAAUCUGUUACACACCUCAUUCAACAUCCACUGGAAAAUGCUAUUUGGUAUCCUACUGCUGCAGUGCUACAUACGAAUCGAUUAAAACAUACGAUUCUACAUUAUUUGUUUCACUACCUGCCUGCACAUGUUCUGGACUUUGUAUCAUGGUCAACGGGCAAAAAACAAAUCAUGGUCAAAAUGCAAAACCAGCUAACAAAAGCAACCCGAACCUUAGAGUAUUUCGUUACACAUCAAUGGCAUUUUACUGACGAUAAUCUCCGCGAAUUGUUAACACAUAUGAGUUCCAGCGAUCGAACUACCUUUCAGUUCGAUGUUACGCAAAUCGACUGGAAUUCCUUCUUUGAACCAUACGCACUGGGUCUGAGAACAUUCCUGCUCAAGCAAAAUCCAAAGUCAUUGCCAAAGAGUAGAAGGAAAAUGGCAAGAUUAUACUUAUUGCAUCAAGCGUCGAAAGUUCUGUUAGUUCUAUUCGCAGCUAUAUUCUUUUGGCGAUUUUUUGUGUAUUUACAUGGAGCCUGCUCAUGACUCCAAUAAAA